AUCAAACAUUUAUCAAAAAAAUAACUUUUACAUUAAAAUAAAAAUUCUUUUAUAUUGUUUGAAUUCAUUUUUUACAUAAUGGAUGGUCAUAUUACAGAGCUGUUACCAACAACAUAUAAAUCGAAAUGAUUAUAGUUCACUUAAAACAAUCAAGUUAUAAUGUAUCAAGACGAAAGCAAUACAUUGACGUAUACUGUGCAGGGGGAGGGCUCGCCGGGCCCCCGGCCCAGCAAGAAGGGAUCAGGCUGCCCUUUAAACCCGCAGCCAACACUCCCCGAAGAUGAUCAAGAAUGGUUCAAAGAACAAUAUGAAAGAAAAAUUGGUACACCAGCGUCGUGUACGACACCCGAUAUUAAUGUAAUUCUCAAAAAUCUUAUUUUAAAAAAUAAAAGUCCUAAAGAAAGUGCGGCGUAUGAUGAACCGGUGAAUCCUAAAACGGAAGCGAAACUUUUAAAAUGGCCUGAUAUGCCGAAUAUUAAAAAAUGCCUUUGCAAGGAUUUUGGUUGUAUUUGCAGAGGAUGCAAGCUCUCGGAAGCAGUGAGCAUUCCGUAUGCUAGUUCGAGUAAAAACGAGCCUGCCGGAACUUUUAUCGGAUCCUUGGAGGUAGCUUUGAUAGAGGCCACAGAGUCAUACAUGUUGUUGCUGAGUGACGACCGAACUAUGUGCCUGAAAUGCCCGGAAUUCUGCGCGUCGCGCUGUAUCUCAUUCAAGUUUGAGACUCCGGAGCAGAUCCCUUCCAGGACCGAACACUUGGAGGAAAAACUGAGGUUAGACGAAUACUCGUUUACGCUUAAAAAGCGUAGAAUGAGACGCAUGAUGAAGUACCAGCAGGAGCAUGCCAGAGAGAUUGAGGAAGGAGACUACGAGGUAAAAGAUGAGUGCGCAAAUGUAAAUGAAUCUAGAAGCAAUCUAAGCAGGUGGAAAUUUGGGUCGAAAAUAUUUAAGAAGAAAGGCUAGGAAUGAUGAACAAUAAUUAAAUUACUAAAUGUAGGUUGACAAAUUAA